AAUAUAAAUUAAAAAAAAUAACAUUCUAUAAGCAUUCGGCUUUUGAAUUCUACUAUAGGAUGCUUAGAAAAAUAGACUUGAAUUGAAACGUUAUUCUUAUUCAAAUAUGGAGUCUAGUAUCGUGAAAAGUGUCGAAGUCAAACUUUUGCCAGAAAAGACAGAAGAAAUCCACAUAAAAGCAUUCAAAAGAAGAUGGUUCAUAUUACUGGUAUAUAUGUAUUAUUCAUGUUUUGCGUCUCUGGGAUGGAUUGAAUAUAGUAUUAUAACCAAUAUUGUAGUAAAAUACUACAAUGUCAGCACAUUAGCGGUUGACUGGACUUCAAUCGUUUACAUGACUACCUUCUCACUUCUUAUCAUUCCAGCUUCCUUGGUUAUGGAGAAACAGGGAUUACGAACUACUGGUCUUAUUGGUUGCAUAGGAACUUUCAUAGGAACAAGCAUUAAAGUAUUUUCAAUCAGACACGACCUAUUUUGGAUAGUUCUUCUUGGCCAAAUAAUAAUGUCAAUCGCGCAAGUUUUCAUUGUUGUUCUUCCCCCAAAACUCGCAUCAGUGUGGUUUAAAUCAAGUGAGAUAUCUACUGCAUGUGCUUUGGGCUUGUUUGGGGGAAUCUCUGGAAAUGCUUUAGGAUAUAUUUUACCAACAAUGGUUGUUCAUGACAGUGAAAAUAUGGAGGAUAUAGCAUCGGGUUUGAAACGAUUGUGUUGGAUACUCACAGUAUUGAUGGUUCCUGUUACGAUUGUUGUUAUAUUUUAUUUUCCUGAACAACCUCCUCUUCCACCAAGUGCAACUGAAGCUAGUAAACGAAGGGAACAGGAAAAACUCGAUUCGAUCGAUUUCUCUCAUUCCAUGAAGAGUAUGUUACGAAAUAAAGGAUUCUUGAUCCACAUGUUGGCAUUUAGUAUGAAUAUGGGCGUUUCUACAGCAGUAGGCACACUGCUGAAUCAGUUUAUUCUUCAAUAUUUUGAG